AUUCAUUCAUUUAUUUUUAAAUUCAUUGAUUUUUUUUGAAUUUGAUGAAAAAUCAUAUAGAUCACAUUCCAAUUGUUGAUGGUUUAUCAGCAAAAGAACUGUUUAUUAGUGAUGGAAUUACUUAUAAUGACUUUAUAAUAUUACCAGGAUUUAUAUCUAAUCUACCUAAUGACAUAAACUUGAUAUCAAGAUUGACCAAAAAAAUCACUUUAAAUACGCCAUUCGUAUCCUCCCCCAUGGACACAGUCACGGAAGCUAAUAUGGCGAUCGCUAUGGCGUUACAUGGUGGGAUAGGUAUCAUUCAUAACAAUUGCACGCCAGAGGUUCAAGCGGCCGAAGUUAAUAAAGUCAAAAGAUACAAACAAGGCUUCAUUUCUAACCCCAUAGUGCUCGGUCCUCAAUCAACUGUUUCCGAAAUAUUCGAGAUAAAACGCACCAAAGGUUUUACCGGUAUUCCGGUCACCGCUAACGGUACCUUGGGCUCAAAAUUGUUGGGCAUAAUCACCUCGAGGGACGUUGAUUUCAUGCCGGAGGACAUGAGGAAUAAUACACCCCUGGAGAAAAUUAUGACUAAAUUGGAAGAUUUAAUCACGGCCCCAGACAAUAUAUCCCUCUCAGAAGCCAACGCUCUAUUAAAUAGGAGUAAAAAAGGCAAGCUACCCAUAAUCGAUAACCAGGGCAACCUGGUUUCUCUCAUAGCCAGAACCGAUCUUAUAAAGCGAAGAAACUAUCCUUUAGCAUCCGUAGAUUCUAAAAAGCAACUUUUGGUGGGCGCCGCCGUUGGUACUAGGCCAGGAGACAGGGAACUCAGGCUGUCCUUACUCUACAAAGCGGGAGUCGACGUCAUAGUUAUUGAUUCAUCCCAGGGAAAUUCCAUCUUUCAGAUCGAAAUGAUUCAAUACAUCAAAAAUAAGUAUCCGGAAUUACAGAUAAUAGGCGGAAAUGUGGUAACCAGAACACAAGCCAAGAAUUUGAUAGACGCGGGCGCCGAUGGUCUUAGGGUCGGAAUGGGAAGCGGAUCUAUUUGCAUAACUCAGGAAGUAACCGCUGUUGGCCGAUCUCAAGGCACUGCUGUAUACGAUGUGAGUAGGUUGGCGUCUCAAAUGGGAGUUCCGAUAAUUGCCGAUGGGGGCCUUAAAAAUGUUGGCCAUAUAGUCAAAGCGCUAGCCAUCGGAUCUUCUUGUGUUAUGAUGGGUUCCCUCUUAGCCGGAACUACUGAAGCCCCCGGAGAGUAUUUUUUCUCUGACAAUAUGCGACUCAAAAAGUACAGAGGUAUGGGAUCUCUCGAUGUCAUGUCAAACGAAAGUCAAAGCGGGCUGAGCCGAUAUUUUAGCGAACAUGACACAGUUAGAGUAGCUCAAGGUGUCUCCGGUGCAAUCAUGGAUAAAGGUUCCGUCCACAAAUUUUUACCUUACCUCACGGCAGGAAUUCAACACGCGUGCCAGAAUUUGGGCGUUAACAAUUUAGAUCAUCUGAGACUUAUGAUGGAAAAGGGUGAUUUGAGAUUCGAAAAGAGAAGUCCCUCGAGUCAAAUGGAAGGAGGGGUCCAUGGCCUUCAUUCAUACGAAAAAAGAUUAUAUUGAAUGAGGUACAAGUUUUUCAAAAAAAAGCAAUACUUAUAUUUAAUUUUUCUAUAUUCCAAAUCAAGUUCCAAUCUAUACUAAGUUCGUGUUUUACCUCUUAAAAAUUAUUAGCGAUGUAAAUUAUUAUAUCAGAAUCAUUUAUUAUAAUAAACAAAAUCAAAAUUUUGACCAAAUAUUUUAUUAUUAUUUUUUUUUAUUAAUUUGAAAAUUAAUAUUUUAAACAUUUUUAGCAAAAUCGCGUCACAUUAAUUUUUGAUAUUAUUGUACUUAUUGUAAAUUUUUAACCAAAAGACUGUUUUAAGUUUGUUAAUAUAUACAUUGUGGAGAUAUAUCCCAACCAUUGUAGAUUUCGUUUGUAUAUUAUUUUUUUUAGUCACCUUAUUAUUAUACAUAUAUUUUGAAUCAUAAGUAUCACAAUUUUUUUUUCUCUCUAAAAUCCUCAAAUAUUUUGUGUUAUAUAUUAUUUUAGAUGUUAUUAUUUUUAUAUAACACUCACAUAUCCGAAUACAAUAUAUGAUAUCCAAAAUUCAUUCCUUAUUUUUCACAUAUUAUUAUAUCAUUUUCUUACCCGGUGUA